ACACUGUAAUGUCCGACAUGUUUACUAGCGUGGAGUUUGUACCAAGGCAGUGUACUAAGUAGUCGUUAUCUCGCGACGGUGACCUAUUACCUCCGACUAGGGUGGUGAAGUCUGUUUGACAUAGUACAUCUCUUCCUGCUAAAUACGGUAAGGUCAUUGUUUUCCAUGAGGACGAUCAAGCUGACGAACAAAACUCGAGAUGUCAGUUGAAGUGGUCAUCAAGAACGGCGCCAAGACAACCGGGGAGGGUCCCCACUGGGACGACACGACUCGCAGCCUUCUUUACGUCGACAUACUGAACGGUGGCGUUAUCCGCUGGAACUCAGUAACAGGACAACAGGAGGCCAAACAUUUCGAUGAGCCGGUCAGCCUCGUGGUACCAUGUCGGAAAGGCGGUUACAUCAUAGGAAUGGGCCGCAAGCUUGCCCAUCUUGAUUGGGACAGUGGAAAGGUGACAGUCCUUCACGAAGUGGCUCCGAACGGCUCAAAUGACAGGUUCAAUGAUGGCAAAUGUGACUCAAAAGGCAGGCUGUGGGCAGGUACGAUGGGACACGAGACUGUACCGGCUAACCCCGAGAGGGAGAAGGGCGCCCUUUUCUGUCUAGGUCUGGAUGGACAGUUGGUUAGACAUGUUGAGAAGAUUGAUAUCUCUAACGGACUUGCGUGGACGGAGGAUAACCGUACCAUGUACUACAUUGACUCGCUUCCCAGAAAGGUGUACGGGUUUGACUACGAUAUCAACACCGGCAAUAUCAGUAACCAGCGGACCGUGGUGGAUUUUGGAGAGGGAACAAUCGACCGACUUGGGUUCCCCGAUGGAAUGGCUAUAGACACAGAGGGUAAAAUCUGGGUGGCCUGCUACAGAGUUGGGAAAGUGGUUCGAUUCGACCCUCAGACUGGGGAAGAACUGAGAACGAUUGAAUUCCCGGCACUAAGGACGACGUCAUGCUGCUUCGGUGGGAAAAACCUGGAUGAACUGUAUGUCACCUGUGGACGUACGGGCGCGUCUGAGGAGGAACUGGAGAAAUAUCCUCUGUCUGGUUCAAUUUUUAAGGUCACAGGGUUAGGGGUCAAAGGUUAUCCUGCAUCUGUAUAUGAAGGUUAAUAAUGUCAGAAUAAAAUGGAUUGUCACUUAAUUCUUUAAAUUUAAUUUCAAUAAUAAUGUGUAUCCAAGUUAAAGACAAUGCUGUACAAUGUGUAAUAACUAAAUAAUCAAUUAAAUUAAAAAGAAAACCAACAAGUCAUCCUAUCAAUUGUAAACCGAUAAAUCACUGCCAGUAAAUGACAUUAGUUUUAAGAAAUAAGAAAUGAACUUUAGAAACAUACACAAUGCUACAAACAAUGCUAUAAGCUAUGUACACUAGCAAUAUGUGUUGAAAUUAAAUUUUACUUGUACCUGUC